AUGGGGGGAGUUGGCGCGACGGGGGGGAUCGGGAAGAAGCGGAAGCGCGGGGGGAAACAGCAGAUGGGGACAGCACGGAAGGCGGUCGGAGGGCGGGCAGGCAGCGCAGUGAGCGCGCGCAGGGGGGACGUAAAGGGCGCGCAAGGAGGGAGCGGUGGGGGGACGGUCGCGCUGGGGCUGGGAGUGAGCGCGGGGGGAACAAAGAGGGAUGCGGAAACGGGAAAGGGGAAGGCGGAGAAAGGUGGCGUGAUCGGCGGAGAAGAAGGGGAAAGGGUAGCGGAGGGGAAGGGGGAAGGUGUGGGGACGGCGGGGAAAGAGGACGAGGGGGACUUGAGGGCAAGAAGGGGAGAGGGGGAGGAGAAGGCGGCUGGUAAAAGAGGAAAACUGGCGGAAACGGAGUCAGAUGGGGCAGAGAGGGGAGAGACAGGCAAGGGUCGACAGGGAGUGGGGGAAGAAGAGGAGCGGGAGGAGGAGGGAGGGAAAGACGAGGGCGAAGAAGAAGGGGAUAGAGAGGAGGGAGGAAGGGUGGUGGUGAUGAGUGACGCGAGUGGGGAGGAGGGCAGCAGCAGGGGCGAGGGCAGCGGCAGUGGGUCGCUGGGUCUAAACUCUGGAUCAGAUGGGGGGGAGGAGCGAUCGGAUGAUGACAGUGACGCUGUGAGGAUGGGGGAGGAGAGUGGUGCGAGUGAGAGUGAGAGUGAGGAGAGUGACAGUGAAGGGAGUGACAGUGAAGGGAGUGAGAGAGAGGGGAGCGAGAGUGAGGAUGAGGAGGAAAUGGAGGAGGCAGAGGAGAGGGGUGGCAGCAAGGAAGGCGAGGGUCAAGAGGCGGAUGGGGCGGGGGUGGGCGCGGCAGGAGAGGAGUGGUUCCGCCACGUGGUGGUGGGCGCGGAUGGGGAGGCGGAAGGGGAGGGGGAGGGCCAGAGGGACGCGGAGGGGGGAGGCGCAGGCACCAAGACAGUGCUGAAUGCGGGGGCAGCGACGGCGAAGGCGAGGAAACGAGCACUGAAGGCUGAGCAUAAGAAGCGAAAGGAGAAGGUGGGGCAGGCCAAGGCAGACAAGCUGAGAGCGAGAACUCAACGAGCGGAGGAGAGGCGACGGCGGGCGGAGAAAGAGCGGUUUGAGGCAGAGCAGAGGGAUGCAAAGCGGCGGAGAGUGGUGCGGGAGCAGGAGGCAGCGCAGGAGAGGCGCGAGGUGAGGCAGGAGAGGCGCGUGCAGGGCAUGCAGAAGGCUCUUCUGAAGCUGCUCAAGAAGCUGGCUGCUGGUGGCGGGGGAGCGGGCGGUGUGGGGAGAGGGGGCGGUGGGGAGAAGGGUGGUGGGGACCCGGAGUGGGAGGUGGUGAGUCGCGUGCAUGCGAUGGCGCAUGGUGUGGCGGAUGGCAGCUUGGAGAAGGUGCUGCUGGGGGAGGGCGAGACUAAGGGCAAGGGCGCGCAGCGGCUGCCGCUGCAAGCCAGGAUCCAAGUGAACGCCACCGCUCGUUCCGCCACGGCCAUUCUCUUCCCGGACGAGGCAGUGGUGGUGGAGGGGCACGUGCACGUCACACUGCUGCACGGCGCUGCCUCUCUGCACGGCUUUGCCCUGCCCCUGCACCGCCCCACCGCCCUCUCUGCUGACGCCACCCUCUCCUCUGCCGUGCUGCUCCACCUGGGGUUGGGUGCGGUGGGAGAGGGUGCUGUGGGGGAUGGUGAGGUGGAGCGAGGGAAGGAUGGGAGUAAGGGAAAGAAGGGGGAGGCAGUGCGGGCGGAAAAAGGGGGUGAUGAUGUGACGGUGGCGGCAGAGGCGGCCAAGGAUUGGAGAGUCACGGCCAACUUCACGUUCCGACUGCUGGAGCCGAGCACACCGCUGCUGAGGCUGAGAGAUGUGGGGCGGCUAAGAAAACCGCUCCAGGCGGCCUUUCUGUGCGGGCUGCACACUCACAGAGUGCCCCCCCGGGGGCAUGGGCAGGGCGGGCAGGGGCUAGGGGGUGGCGGGAGCGGGGGUAGAGCCAGGGGGAAAAAAGGGGGAAAGCGGUAUGAGGGGGACCGUGGGGCUUGGGAGGCGUUCUCGUGGACCCCGCCUAAGGGGAAGAAAGGGGGCGAGGGCGGGGGCGGGGGCGGGGGAGGGGGAGGGGGAGGGGGAGGGGGAGGCGGAGGGGGAGAUGGAGGGGGAGGGGGAGGCGGAGGAGGGGGAGGGGGAGGAGGAGGAGGAGGAGGAGGAGGAGGAGGAGGAGGAGGAGGAGGAGGAGGAGGAGGAGGAGGAGGAGGAGGAGGAGGAGGAGGAGGAGGAGGAGGAGGAGGAGGAGGAGGACAGCAAGCGGCAGGGCCAUGGAGGCAGGAGGGGCGGGUGCUGACGAACUCAGAGAUGAAGGGGUGGGAGGCGGUGCGGUGCGAUGUGGUGAGCCGCGAGUGGGAGGAGGCGGGGCGCUCUGUGGUGGGCGGGAGGAAGCGCAGCAAGAGGAGGGCGCGCGGGGAGGUGCGGGUGCCCAUAGUGAUGGUGAUGGGUGGCGUGAACACUGGCAAGUCAACGUUUGCCAAGUUCCUAGUCAACCACAUGCUGGGCAGGUAUGGUAUGGGUGGUCAACCACAUGCUGGGCAGCCCUCUCCCCCCCACCACUUCUACCCCUCCCCCGUCUUCCUCCCGCCCUUCCCUCCCGUUCUCCCCUCACCAGGCACCCCUGUGUGGCUUUCCUCACCAGGCACCCCUGUGUGGCUUUCCUCGACAUGGACGCACCCCUGUGUGGCCUUCCUGGACACGGACGUGGGGCAGCCCGAGUUCACUCCACCCGGCAUUGUCUCGCUGCACCUCCUCUCGCACCCCGUCUUUGGCCACCCUGCACUGCAUCAGCGCACCCCCCUGGCAAGCCAUCUGUACGGCGACAUCAGCCCAGGCGGUGACCCUGCACUGUACCUGCGGCAGCUCUUCUCGCUCUACGACUGCUUCCGACUGAACUACUACGAUGGGCAUGGGGCGGGGGCAUUACCACUGGUCAUCAACACACACGGGUGGAUCAAAGGAAUCGGGUAUGAUGCUCUGGUGGAUCUGAUGCGCUACGUGGCGCCCACACACGUCAUCUCGCUGCUCGCACCCGACGCUGCGGACAACCUGCCUGCCGGCCACUUCUGGCAGCCGGGGGGGUUCGCCCCCGAGGAUAUCAACCCCAACAUGACGCCCCUGGGAGGCGGGUACAAGCUGGGGGAGGGGUUUGGGGGGGGGGGAGGAGGAGGAGAUGGGGGAGGAGAGGGAGUGGAAGCAGUAGCAGCAUCAGCAGCAGCAGUGCAGGGGGGAGCAGCAGCAGGGGCAGUGGUGCGCACGUCAUUAAUCACAAUCACAUCGCUGUCUGCCAGCGCUGGACCUGGCGUGAGCAACUCCUACCGGGUGGCACACGAGCAUCGCAGUCUGCGGGUGCUAGCAGCCAUCCGCCAUGCGCUCUCUCCCUCCCGCCGCCUCGCCCUCUACAAGCUCGCCCGCCACAUUUCCCCCCACCCCGCCCCACCCACUGCCACCGCCCCCUCUUCCACUGCCCCUCCCUCUUCCUCCACCUUUCCAUCCUCCUCCGCUGCCCCCCCUGCGUCCUGCCCUCCCUCGCGCCCCUCGCCCGCGCUCCCUACGCCCAUCUUCCUGUUCCCGUUUGACGAGCGGUGGGAGAUGGCUCGCUGUGCGCGCCUGCUGGCGUGGCGGGCGCCCUUCGAGGUGGACCUGGGGGAGCUGCACGUGGGCUGCGCGCAUGGCGAGCUGUCCCCUGCCAACACGCUCAUCGCCCUCAAUGCCGCUAUCAUGAUAUGGUCUCUGCACUCUCACUGCACCCGAAUCUCUCUCACCGUCAGUGCUUAUGACCGUUAUUAUGACCCGACUCAUCAUCACCAGCACCAGACGUGUUCAGGGGCAUGGAUGGUUGCGGGGCUGUGGUGUGGCGACACAUAUGCAUGCUCUGUCUGCCCUCUCGCUGCUCCAUGCACUCUUCGUCCUGCUGCCCAGCCCACAAUGCCACCCCUCUUGAUGACUGUUCUCAUCGUCCCCACCACCAGGCGUGGUGAGGGGGGUGGAAGCCAGCAGGGGAGUGGCACACGUGGUGGCGCCACUACCACUCGCCCGCAUGCACCACGUCGACACUCUCCUCAUCUCGCACCUCCACCUGCCUUCUCCGCUGCUCCUAGUAAGUUCAAUCCUCCUCAUUCUGCACCUCCACCUGCCCUCUCCGCUGCUCCUGGUCAGAGCAUUCUUGCACCUAUUCGCUCUCUCUUGCUCUCCCCUGCCUUUGUCUCCCUCCUCAACCACCCAGUGAACGACCUGGUCUCGCCGUAUCUCUGCUUCCACUUUCUUGCCGAUGCCCUUCCCAACUUGCUGUGCUCCCGUAUACCCCACAACCUACUCCCCCCCAUUUUCCCCGCCUCUCUCCCCUCCCCUUCCCCCAACCCCCAGUGCAACGACCUGGUGUCACCGUACCUCUGCUUCCACUCACUUGCCGACGCCACUCUAGGCGCCAAGGAGCUGCCCAUUAGGGAGGUCAAGCGGUGA